UCUCUCUCUCUCUCUCUCUCUCUCACACACACACAUACACACACGCGCGUGCACAGGCUGAUCCGCGCGCUGCUUUAUAAACUGACCGUCGCGCGCUCCGCCAUUACAGAAACGGGGGCACGAGGAUGAGGAUGAUGGUGAGGAUGAUGAGGAUGAUGAAGACGGUGAGGAUGAACACAGUGGCGGUUUUUCUUUUCUUAUCCAUCACAACUGCACUUUUAUACCAAACACAGGCCUUUCCUACAGCAUCUGCACCCCAAGAUAAAGCAGAGUAUGACAGGCAGCUAACAGAGGAGAGACCACUACAGCAGCAGAUUGCAGAAGUGGACAGUGAGAAGUCGAAGCCCACGCAGACGUCUGAGUUGCGUCCAGACGACGAUGACAUCACACUGCUGAAGUCUCUGGCCGAGAAGUCGCGAGAGCUGAACAACGAAACGCCAAAAUCAGACUCCAGAGACAACGAUGGCGAUUCCACUAAGAACAGGAGGCUAUCAGACGACUACGACACCACCAAGAACGGCAUCGACAACAAGUACAGAGAUGAUCCAGAGAACCUGCACCAGCUGGAUGGAACUCCGCUCACGGCCGAGGACAUCGUCCAGAAAAUCGCCAACAAAAUCUAUGAAGAAGACGACCGGGGAGUGUUCGACAGAAUCGUCUCCAAACUCCUCAAACUCGGACUGAUCAGUGAAAGUCAGGCCGACACUCUAGAGGUUGAAGUUGCUGAAGCUCUGCAGGAUCUGAUCACCAAAAAUGCUAAGAACAACGAGAUCCAGGAGCUGAACGACAACAACAGGGAUGAGGAGGAUCGUCCCAUUCGUCGGUUUGAUGAUGAUGACGAUGGUGAUGAUGUUAACGAUGAUGGUGAUUUUAAUGAUGAUGAGGUUGAUGAUGAUGAUGGUGGUGAUGAGGAGCAGGAGGAGAAGAUCCGAGAUGCCGAUGGAAAGUGGGAUGGAGUGAGUGAAGGAAACGACAGGAAUGAAGUGAACCCUGAGGAUGAACUUCAGGACCUUCAGUAUUUCCCCAACUUCUACAGACUGCUUAAGAGCCUGGACUCAGAGCAAGACGCUGAAGAAAGAGAGACUCUCAUCACCAUCAUGAAGACCCUCAUUGACUUUGUUAAGAUGAUGGUGAAAUACGGCACCAUCACACCUGAGGAGGGCGUGUCCUAUCUGGAGAAUCUGGACAACAUGAUCGCUGCACAAACCAGGAACAAGCUGGGGAAAGCUCUGGGUCCCAUCAGCAGCACGCCCCCUACAGGCUACGAGGACGACAAAACGAAAGAGGAAACCGCCAAAAUGCUGAGGGAAUAUGAGAACCUGAAGGACUCAACCAAAGAGGAGCGAGCACCGGUGGAGAACGGUCACGCAGGAAAGUCAGAGUCGUAUCUGGAGGCGAUCAGGAAGAACAUCGAGUGGCUCAAAAAACACAAUAAAGAUGAGAACAAAGAAGAUUACGAUCUGUCCAAGCUGAAGGACUUCAUGGACCAGCAGGUGGACACCUACAUCGAGAAGGGAAUCCUGAAGAAGGACGAAGGUGAUGUCAUCAAGCGGAUCUACGGAAGCCUGUAGGACGCGGUGUAUUUAUUGAGUAAAUCUUUAUAGAAAUAAUUUAUUAAAUCGUUCUGAUUGAAUUAGUCUGAUGUGUUACUGUAGCUUUCUAAAUCAAACAAACAACAAAAAGCGAAAGGUUUUAUUAAAUCGUUAUAUAAAAACGCAAUACACACCAAACACAGAAGAAUUAGCAAUAGAUGAUUAGGCCUGUGAGGAUAAAAUACGCGUAAGAUACAAUAAUCUAAAGUGUAAGAUAUUUACGGUUAUCAUUUGAUCUUAAGAAGCAACUCAGACUGACUUUCGUACUUUAGCUCUCGCUCACUUUACUUUCACUUUUUGUUUAUUCUUUCAUUUCUUUCUGUGUUAAUGUUACUCUACACGUCUGAACAACGGUGGCUUGACGUUGAUCGACGUAUUGACGUAUUUUCCUGGUUAUGUAACAGAAGAAGCGAGAUGAUGUCUUCACGAUUAGAUAAAAUGCUACAAAGAUUAGCUAGCUAGUUAAACAUGCUAACGUAAGCGAUAUGCUCGUGGUACUUUUAGCUCGAGAGCUCGUCUUCGUAAGUUACAGUUUCGCAGAUUUCUACAGAAACGUUUUACUGUCACAGCUUCCAGCGAAUCCCAAUAAAUAAUAAGCCUAACUUACAUGUUACCAUAGAAACCUGUAAAAAUCUAACUUAUAAAUAAUGAACCUGUCACGUGGAGCUAAAACAACUAGAAAUGCAUCGCUAACAGAACGUAACAUAACAUUACUUACUUCGCAUAACUAACUUCGUGACUCGAAACUGAAAUUAUUUCUAAUUUUCACGUCCUGUGGAACUUUUAGGUCAGGAAGUGAAAUCUAAGCCAGAUAAACUAAUAACACUAACAUUAGCUAACACAGCUAGCCAGUUAACUAACCGCUAGUAAGCUAGACUUGUGGCUUGAUCUUGUAUUUCAUCCUCAUUGUCUUAGAUUUCUUUAAGCAGCCAGUUACCAUGACGACCAGGCUACUGUUCAUCAUGAACAUUAGCUCAGCUUGCUAGCGGGCUAGCUUUGCACACAGCCAUCACGUAAUCAUCCUCGCCGAACUCGUAGUUUUUCAGACUUCCGCAGCACGCGUAAGAGGACGAAGGCUAAGCUAGACGAGGCCACCAGGGGGUGCUGAAGUGAUGCUGUAGAGGAAGUAAAAACACGACGACGCUGAGUUUUUGUAACGAAUCAUACUCCAGGAAACACACGACUGUGUUAGCAUCUCUAUCAUCUUAUCUGUGUUUGAGUUCAAUGUUUAAUGAAGUAACUCUGAUCAUUUCCUGAGCUGUUCCUGUUCCUUCAGUUCCUCUUCUCUUACUGGUGGAAUCUGAUCUAGUCGAACAGCAUCGGGUCGUUUUCACUGUAAAUACUGAGAUUUCUUCUUUUUUCCAGAAUUGCAAAUAAAUGUUGCAUUUCUUUAA